UUUGCGCGAAAUUCAAAAACAAACAAACAAACAAACCACCUGGCCAUGCCAGGUCAAUUUAGCAAUGAAUUUGGAAAGUGAAACAAAAGUGAAGACAAACUGCACAAGUCAUUUGCCAGAACACAUAGUUGAGAUCAUACAUUGAAAAGAAACAAUUUCUUAAGAUAAGAUGGUAGAUACUGCAUCAUAAUUAAGCUCACUAAAACAUCCCCUCUUUACAGCAUCUGUAUGCUGUGUAAAAAUAGAAUUAACUUAAUAGUUGCUUAUACACGUAACUAGCCAUUUUUACAGUUUCACAAUUUUGUACUGAUAGUUGUAAUUUUGAGCAAUUGCUUUGUUAAAUGUGAUGUAUAUACAUUCUUUUCAAAACAGUGAGAAAAAAACUCAACAUCAGUGGAAGUCAGCAAAAGUCUUGGAACCUCCACAGUCUCUCCAGUUUGUCUUUUCACCAGAAACAAAGAAAGAUAUCUAUGAAGCUGAACAACAGUUGCAAAAAUUACAUCACCACCUUCUAGCCACUUAUGAGUCUGGAUCAACAAGGAAAUUCCGUCAAGGACGCACAGAGACCAUUCGAUCAGCUUCUCCAGAAGCGUUAGACUUUUGUAGAAAAAUGAUGAGCAAAGAAGUGGGAACUGAGGAGAAAAAAUCAGCUUUAUAUUCUGCCAUUAAUUCUCAUAAAGAGUAUAGCAUUCAGGCAUGCAAUGGAUUAGGAGUUGAUCGACUGCUCUUAGGCCUAAGGAAAGCAGCCGAAGAAUAGGGGAAUGGAUUCACCCAACUUCUUUUUAGAUAAAGGUUAUACUAUGAGUACAAGUUUUCGCUUAUCGACUAGCCAAGUAAGUGAAAAUAAAACAAUACUUGUACGUAUGUAUGUUUAGUUCAUAUAGUAAAUUAAUUAUAGAUGUUUGAGUUGAAAAAAGGUUAGUAGUAGUUACAUAAAUAUGUAACAAACAGAAUCUGUAUUUGAUUAUUUCUUGGGGUGUGGGUUGGCCUUGUAGUAGAGCUCUUGACUUCUGAGCUGGCAAGCUGGGUUCAAAUCUGUGCAGUACCUCAAAAUAGUUUACCUUGAUCAAAAAAUUUUGGAGCUGUUGAUCAGAAUUUUAUUAUUGUGGAAAUGGUAGUUGAUUUGUGUAUUCAAUUCCCACCACAUACUAGGUUAUCAAAUUUCUAGUUGUCGCAUAAUUUAUCCUUGAAUUGCCACAUAUUUGCUGCUAAACACUUCUAAAUCUUGGAUACAUGGAUUUCUGACAGAAGUAAUUUUGUUUGAUAUUGUAAUAGGGUAGCAAUACAUAAUAUUUAUGAUCAGUAA